CCUUUCAAGUGGUUCAGGGAUCCUCACAACACAAUAACCCAUGGGGCAGGUCCAGGGGCGGACUGACAACCCAUGGGGCAGGUCCAGGGGCGGACUGACAACUCAUGGGGCCCCCGGGCAAUAGGGGAUCAUGGGGCCCCUGUGUCCUUGCCCAAACUCAAAAAAGCCUAUGAAAAAGGUACCAGGGGCAUCUCAUGGGGCCCCCUACUGACCCCGGACCCUCGAGCAGUGCCUGCGUUUCCAAAUGGUCAGUCCGCCCCU